UUUUAAAAAUCUUUUAACGACUGGGAAUUGGCGUAAGAAAAAGUAAAUAGAUCUUAUUUCCACUAUUGGAUCACAUGAAUAAAAAAAAAGCGAUAGGCCGGAUAGGCGUAUUCGCUCAAAUAUCACACGACCCCUGCCAUAGAACGAGCCAUGCUACGCUGUGUUGUGGAAUGACUCUACCUGCUGCAAAUGCUUCAAAAUUUCACCUAUUCUGUGAGGUUAGGGUUACUAAUGAAUGUUAUCAAAUUUUGUGGAGAUUUCUAAUAACAUUAAUGUGGAAGUUUGAGAAAAACAUAUACACAGAGGAUACGUCCUGUAGGCUUUGCCACAGUAACUUAAAUACUGGAGAUUUCAUAGUAAUAGACGAAAUCAUUGAACAAGUCCUAGAUGUCCUUUUGCUGAAACUGAACGGUACAAAAGAACACAAAUCUAUGAUGUGCAAAGCCUGUUCCACUAAACUGUUUGCGGCAUUUAAUUUUAAAGCCACCUGUACGGAUACGGAGGACUGUAUCUUUCCUUAUAUUGAUUCUGAAAUGGAAGCGCCAGCCGACCUAACUGAAAUUUAUCUAAAGGUAAAAGGUAAAGAACAUUUAAAGCAUAUAUUAGAAGACGAGAGGAUUUGUCGACUGUGUAUGCAGGUAUCCACUUGCGGGUUUACGUCAGUAAACGAAGUAGACGUUGAUUCGCUUCUCAUUUAUAUUCCAGAAGUAGACUUUAGCUCCGUCAGAGAACCCGUUAUAUGCAAAGUUUGCCUCGAUUUGUUGGACACUCACGUGAGUUUUUUAGGAAAUUUUUUUAAUGCGGAAGAGGAGAUUGAAAAUGUUUCAUGCGACAAAGCCAUAAAAAGUUCUCCCCAUAUUAUCACAGACGAAAUUGAAUUAAAAUCGGAAGAUUAUAAUGACUUUCCCUCAGAAGAUGAACUCGUUGGCCAUGAAAGUGAGUACCAAUCUGAAAAUGCAGGAUUUACAAAUAAUUCUAUGCAUAAUACCAAAAAAGAAUCGACACGAUUGGAUAGAAAAAACUUUCGAUUAAAGAACAAGGAUUCUUCUAAAGGCGAUCCUGAUUAUGAAAACAAUCAAGAGAGACGUCUUGUACUCCACAAGGACAUCCCCGAAAAAGAUAUGUUGAAAUGUGGUUCAUCCGACAAAGGCAACUUUCCCAAAAAGCAGAUGUUGGAAUGCGAUUCUUGCGAUUUCAAAACCAUUUAUAAGAGCAGUCUUACGCAACAUCAACUAAAACAUAGAGACAUACUGAACGGGGAAAUGCUGAAAUGUUAUUCGUGCGAUUAUAAAACCGUUCAUAAACAGUAUCUUAGACGACAUCAACUAACGCACAAAGUCUCCUCCAAGGAGCAGAAGUAUAACUGCGAUAUCUGCGAUUAUAGAACCAUUUAUAAGAGCUAUCUUACGCAACAUCAACGGAGACAUAAAGGGGAAAUCUUGAAAUGCGAUUCCUGCUAUUUUAAAACCAUUUAUAAGAAAAAUCUUGCGCGACAUCAAUUAAAACAUAAAGACAUCCCUGAAGAACAGAUGUUGAAAUGCGAUUCAUGCGAUUACAAAACCAUCCAUAAGCGCAACCUCGUAAAUCAUCAGCUGUUACACAAAUAUGUCCUCGAAGAGCACAUGCUGAAAUGUGACGCAUGCGAUUAUAAAACCGUUCAUAAACAGUAUCUUAGACGGCAUCAGCUAACGCACAAAGUCUUCUCCAAGAAGCAGAACUACACAUGUGAUUCAUGUGACUAUAUAGCAGACUGUAAGAACUCUCUUAAAAAGCACGAGCUUAAACACAAAAGCAUCCCCGAGGAGGAUAUGUUCAAAUGCGAUUCUUGCGACUUUAAAACCGUUUAUAAGAGCGCUCUCGUGCAUCAUCAGUUAAAACAUAAAGGCUUCUCCGAAGAGCAGAUGUUUAGAUGCCAUUCGUGCGAUUAUAAAACAAUUCAAAAGGGUAACCUUACACAACAUCUGAUGAGACACAUGAGAUCUGUUCAUUAGUAUUGCUGGAGUCAGAGCAACGGAUUUUAAAAAUCCAGGUGUCGGCUGACAGAUUUUUUUUACGAUCUGGAUCAAACUGCUAGUAACAAAAUCAGAUCUACUUCUCUCUUUCUCAGAUUCAUUUCUAACAACACCAGUAAACCCAGAAAUACUGAAUUAAGUCGAUAUACAGCUUUUAAGUGUGCGAAUAACCUAGGAUCGUAAUAUAAGUUUCUUUGGAUCCCUUAAAAAUGUAAAUAAGUACUUAAUCUAUGCAAUUAUAGAAAAA